AAAAUAUGACAUCAGCAGAGCAGUUUGCACCAGAGAUCUCAAAUUAUUACUAUGAUCAACAACAGCAACACCAGCAGCAGUCAAAUCCGAGGCUUACAGCUACCAAUAAUUCUGCAACAGCAUCUACACCACUUUCCGGCUCAACAUAUUAUCCAAAUACGCAGUACAGUGCUCCUGAUUCCAGUCAACAUGGUCCGGUCG